UUGAAGCAGUGUGUCGUUAAUUGGGAUUAUUUAUGGAUAUCGUCAGCAAUUCAGGAGUGCAUUAUGAUCAAUGAAUAAGUUCAAGUCUUUUAUUUUGAUAGGGACAUACCUAACCAAGAGUUCGAAAUUAGCUUUAUUUUGAAUGAACCCCGGAAGUGUGGGUUGUUUCCGCGUGCAUGCUGCCGAACUAAAAGGAACAAGAAACUCUUUAUUUAGUGUUUUACUUGGAAAUAAUUAGCCCUCGAUGAUCGUUUGACGUUUUUUUUUGCAUUUUUCUAUUUUCUUGCCGCACAGAAAAAGCAACAUUGAUUUUGGGGUGAUGGGGACUCAGUGAGGCGGGACUCUCGCGCAUCUUCGUCCUCCUCCUUCCUGGGAACGCAGCUCCCAUGUCCGACGAAGAGAAGGUCAAAGGUCCUGUCAAAUAUGGCGAGCUCAUCGUGUUGGGGUGUAACGGCUCGCUGCCCGGCGGGGACAUGGCGAGGCGGAAAAGUCGCGUGUCUCUAUGUCGGAGGACUAAAGCCAACGGUGUGAAAGCCGGCACGGUCCACGCCACGUAUACAGAUCAGGCCGCCAUGGCGGUCAGCAGCAAGGAGCAGCACAGCAUCUCGUACGCGACGUCACGUGCGCAGACGGUGGUGGUGGAGUACACGUGCGACAGCAGCGCAGACAUGUUCCAGAUUGGGCGCUCGACAGAGAACACCAUUGACUUUGUGGUGACGGACACGGUACCGCCUGAGGGGGACGCGGGUCAGAGCACCAUUUCCCGCUUUGCCUGCCGCAUCACGUGCCAGCGAUCCCCGCCACACACGACGCAUGUCUACGCGGCAGCGUUUGACUCCUCCAGGAACAUCUUCCUCGGGGAGAAGGCUGCCAAGUGGUGGACUCAGGACGGCCAGAUGGACGGACUGACCACAAACGGGGUUCUGGUCAUGCACCCGGGUCAGGACUUUGGACAGGGCUGCAGACCCGGAUCGUGGCGGGAAGUGUCCGUGUGCGGAAACAUGUUCACGCUACGCCAGACCCGCUCAGCUCAGCAGAGAGGAAACACGGUCAAAGAGGAGUCCAACGUGCUGGUGGACGGCUCGCUCAUCGACCUGUGCGGUGCCACGCUGCUGUGGAGAACAGCCGAGGGUCUGUCCCACACUCCCACCGUCAAACACUUGGAGGCGCUGCGUCAGGAGCUGAAUGCGGGGCGUCCACAAUGUCCCGUGGGCUUCAACACGUUAGCGUUCCCCAGCCUGCGCCGCAAGGACAUCUUAGACGACAAGCAGCCCUGGGUUUACCUGCAGUGUGGUCACGUGCAUGGCUACCAUGCCUGGGGGGGGCGCCAAAACCCCCAGGCGGUGGCGGAGGGUCAAGAGAGAGAGUGCCCCAUGUGCCGGACGCGGGGGUCGUAUGUGCCGCUGUGGCUGGGCUGUGAGGCGGCCUUCUACGUGGAUGCGGGUACGCCCUCGCACGCCUUCGUCCCCUGCGGUCACGUCUGCUCCGAGAAGACGGCGUCCUACUGGAGACGCGUCUUGCUUCCGCACGGCACGUACCCCUUUCAAGCCGCCUGCCCUUUUUGUUUCCAGCCACUAGGGAGAGACAGCGGCAUCGUCAGACUCAUUUUCCAAAGUCCACUUGACUGACACACUGAUCAUCUUUAACUGUAUUUAUUUAUCUCAAUUGUUCUUCUAACUCUAUGAAAUGUCAACGAAUAACUUAAUUGCUAUUUAUAUAUUUAUGUUAUAAAUAAAAAUUUACUACCAUUAGUCAGGUCAUCAAGUCUAAAAGGAGACGUUGCAAUGAAAAGUGAAGGUGUAACGUUCUAGUUGGCCAGCAGGUGGCAGCAAAAUGUCCAGAAAACACAACAGAGUUUGUGGUGUGCGAUAC